AUGUUUGCUGUUCUUGCUUUCUGUUUGGUUGCUUUUGUUGCAGCACAAACACCACGACCAUGUACUACACCACCACAAUGGGAAUCUAAUAUUUUCGAUCAUAAUCAACAACAAAAAUUUACAGUUCGUGGUCGAUUGAGUUAUGAUGCUGCUUAUCGUCGUGAACGUAUGGUUGAAGAAGUCAUUAUUGGUAGUACAGAUGAUGCCUUUGAUGUUAUCGCAUUAUUUGAUUCCAACACAGAAUAUGUAUAUGACUUUAAACAUCAUAAUUGCUCACGCCGAAAAAUUGACCGACGCUGGAGAGAUUUCGGUAUCCGACCUGAUGCUACAUCAUUCGGUGAAGCUUAUAUCGGUUCAUCAGCUGCACCAGGUUUAGGUUUAUUAGUUACCUUAUGGGGUGGAAAUCAUACAACACCAUCAAAUGAUACUGUUCGUACAUUCGGAACAUGGACAAUGAGAGGUUGUCUUCCAGUUCGACACAUUAGUCACAGUGCUCAAUAUGGUCGUACAGAAACAUCAUUCUUUGACAUAACUGCUGGUAUCAGUGAUCCAAAUGUUUUCAUUCCACGACGUGAAUGUCUUACAGAAAAAGAAUAUGCUAUGCGAGAUAUUCUUUUCGGUACACCAACAAAGAUUGAGAAAAAAUAG